UUGAAAUCAGUACUUUCAACACAAGAGAGAGUUCCCACAGUAGAGCAAGUACAUAAAUUUGAUAUUUAUGAUAAAAUGUUUCCCCCAAAUUCCAUCCUAAUUGAACAUAAAAGAUUACCUGCUGAGAACGAAUCUUUGAUAGAUAAUGAAUGUGAAGAUUUCAACCAGAAUACAUACCUUAGUAAAGAUACAGGAAUUCCUCCUGGGGAGAAACCUUAUGAAAGUAAUGAUUUUUCAAAUCUCUUAAGUUUCCACUCAUUACUUACUCAACAUCAAGCAACUCAUUUUGGAAAAUUACCGCAUGGAUUCAAUGACUGUGAUGAUGCCUUUAGGUGUUAUUCAUUCUUUACUCAACCUCAGAGAAUUCACAGUGGAGAGAAACAAUUUGUAUGCAAUGACUGUGGAAAAGCCUUUAGCCAUGAUUUCUUUCUCAGUGAACAUCAAAGAACUCAUAUUGGAGAGAAACCAUAUGAAUGUAAGGAAUGUAACAAAGCUUUCAGACAGAGUGCACACCUUGCUCAACAUCAGAGAAUCCACACUGGAGAGAAACCUUUUGCAUGCAAUGAAUGUGGGAAGGCCUUUAGCCGUUAUGCCUUCCUUGUUGAACAUCAGAGAAUUCACACAGGAGAGAAACCAUAUGAAUGUAAGGAAUGUAACAAAGCCUUCAGACAGAGUGCACACCUCAAUCAGCAUCAGAGAAUUCACACUGGAGAGAAACCCUAUGAAUGUAAUCAGUGUGGAAAAGCCUUCAGCAGACGCAUUGCCCUUACUCUGCAUCAAAGGAUUCAUACAGGAGAGAAACCCUUUAAAUGUAAUGAAUGUGGGAAGACUUUUGGCUAUCGCUCACACCUUAAUCAACAUCAGAGAAUUCAUACAGGUGAAAAGCCUUAUGAAUGCAUCAAAUGUGGGAAGUUUUUUAGGACUGACUCACAACUUAAUCGACAUCAUAGAAUACAUAGUGGAGAGAGACCUUUUGAAUGCAGUAAAUGUGGGAAAGCCUUCAGUGAUGCUUUAGUUCUAAUUCAUCAUAAGAGAAGUCAUGCAGGAGAGAAACCCUAUGAAUGUAACAAAUGUGGGAAGGCCUUCAGUUGUGGCUCAUACCUUAAUCAGCAUCAGAGAAUUCAUACUGGAGAGAAGCCCUAUGAAUGUAAUGAAUGUGGGAAGGCUUUCCAUCAGAUCUUGUCCCUUAGGCUACACCAGAGAAUUCAUGCUGGAGACAAACCCUAUAACUGUAAUGAGUGUGGGAAUAAUUUUAGCUGUGCCUCAGCCCUUAGACGACAUCAGAAAAUUCAUACAGGCAGAAAACUCUUGAAAUGUAAUGACUGUGAAAAAGUCUUUAGCCAGAGCUCAUCUCUUACACUUCAUCAAAGAAUUCAUACUGGAGAGAAACCAUAUAAAUGUGUAGAAUGUGGAAAAGCCUUCAGCCAGAGAUCAAAUCUUGUUCAACAUCAGAGGAUUCAUACUGGAGAGAAACCCUAUGAAUGUAAGGAAUGUAGGAAAGCCUUCAGUCAGAAUGCACACCUUGUUCAACAUCUGAGAGUUCAUACUGGAGAAAAACCUUAUGAAUGCAAGGUGUGUAGGAAAGCCUUUAGCCAGUUUGCUUACCUUGCUCAACAUCAGAGAGUUCAUACUGGAGAGAAACCUUAUGAAUGUAUCGAAUGUGGGAAAGCAUUUAGCAAUAGAUCAUCCAUUGCUCAACACCAGAGAGUUCAUACUGGUGAGAAACCAUACGAAUGUAAUGUCUGUGGGAAAGCAUUUAGCCUUCGUGCAUACCUUACUGUACACCAGAGAAUACAUACUGGAGAGAGACCCUAUGAAUGUAAGGAAUGUGGGAAGGCUUUCAGCCAGAAUUCACAUCUUGCUCAACAUCAGAGAAUUCAUACUGGAGAAAAACCUUAUAAAUGUCAAGAAUGUAGGAAAGCAUUCAGCCAGAUUGCCUACCUUGCCCAACAUCAAAGAGUUCAUACUGGAGAAAAACCCUAUGAAUGUAUUAAAUGUGGGAAGGCUUUUAGCAAUGACUCAUCCCUUACUCAACAUCAGAGAGUUCAUACUGGAGAGAAGCCUUAUGAAUGUAACGUUUGUGGAAAGGCUUUUAGUUACUGUGGAUCCCUUGCCCAACAUCAGAGAAUUCAUACUGGAGAGAGACCUUAUGAAUGUAAGGAAUGCAAGAAAACUUUCAGGCAGCAUGCACACCUUGCUCAUCAUCAGAGAAUCCAUCUUGGGGAGUCCCUCUCACCACCCAAUCCAGUCAAUCACCAAGUCCUCUAGACACUAUCUCAUAAAUAUUUCCAGAAUUUAUACUCUUUUCUCUUAUCUCAAAUGUUGUUGCCC